AUGCCCAUCAACUCCGAACAAGAUGGUGUAAAUGCCACUCCAUAUCCUAAAAAUGAUGCCAAUGUCCCCGUUCCAAAAGACCUUGACGACCUUGUUCGCCUUUUGCACCUCGAGUUAGGUGAUAAUGGUCUAGACAGCGAUGGUGUUGAUGUCGAAAGAAUCCAGAAGCUAAUGGCCAACUACAAGUCUAAUGAACAGGACUGGUCCAAGUACGCUCUCUUUGAUAAGGGUCGCUACACACGUAACCUUGUUGAUGAUGGGAAUGGCAAAUUUAAUCUUAUGAUCCUUGCCUGGCCAGAGACUAUUGGAAGUGCCAUCCAUGAUCACUCUGGCUCCCACUGUCUCAUGAAGAUCCUUGAUGGGGAACUCAAAGAGACCCUUUACCACUGGCCAGAAAAGCUCAUUCAAGAGUCAGACAACACAGACUCUGGUGUUGGUAGUGAUAACAGUGAUGAUGAAGAUAAGAAAUCCGCCACCACAGCGAUGAAAGUCAAGAAAGAGACAUUCCUGCAAAGAGAUACCGUCGCAUAUAUGCACGACAAGCUGGGCUUACAUGCUGUUGCCAACCCACUUAAAACACAGGGCUCAAUCUCCCUCCACCUUUACACUCCACCUUACGAGACUUGCAAGACGUUCAAUGAACGCUCGUCCAAGGCCCGCUCAUCCGGCAAAUGUGUGUUCUACUCUUCCCGGGGUCAAAAGAUUGAAUCCUGUCCUUCUGUAGAGUACUUAAAGUGCUCCCUGACAAAUACCAAAUAA